AUGGAAGAUGCCAGAGCACCAGAACCAGAUGGCACGGCGGUGGCGGAGCCCCUCGAGCCACUUCAGCGUGGAGAGGCUGUCGUUUUUGGGGAAGGUCGGCAAGGUGUCAUCACGCGGGCCUAUGUCUUAGAGGACAAGUACGCUGUCAGAGCCGACGGUGCUGCCAGAGAGGUGAAAGGGCCCAACAACAGCUUCUUCUACUUCAAGCGCUUUGGUCAAGACCUGCAACGAGUCCGCGGCCCAGUUCUACCGCUCAACGGUGAGCAGUUUGCGGAGCUGGAAACCAAUGGCGAGCUCGGCACCCCGCCUCCCGAGAAGAAGCCGCGGUUGGAGCCCAGCGAGGCACCCUUGGCAGCGCCAACAGGUCAGCAGCGGCUGCGGCACACAGUGGCCUCCAGAGGGCUGGAUCCUUGCAUAACGGAGAUGCCUGCGGAUGCUGCCGGCGAGUCGCGACUCGAUGGCACCUGCACUGCCGGGCAGCUCGAAGCACCGGAACCACGGCAAGGCAGUGACUCCACUGCGGCGGACUCUGAGCGUGAUGAUGCGCGUAUCUGCGAAUGGGACAUCAAGGUCCAGCGCACCUUCAUCACAGUGGUACCCCGCUGCCCGCAGCUCACGCACACAGCUGCUCGCCUGAGUAUGGCCACGGACCUGGUUAUUGCCACUGCGCUAACGGCUAACAGAACUAGCAGAACUGGAAUUCCUCCUCGCUGCAAGCGCUCCGGCUCGUUUGGACCGCCCGCGCCCACGGAGGCGACGCCUGCGGCCAAGCCGGAGGCGACGCUGACCCACACGGAUGGUCUGCGCCAGCCCAGCGUGCACCAAGGAGAGGCAGACAUGCAGAAUGUGGACGAUAUCCCGGGCUUCGACCACUCGCUCAAUGCGAGCAUGUGGACAUGUCCAGCGCGCUUCGAGGGCCGGGUCAAAUGGUUCAGCAAAGAGAAAGGCUUUGGCAAGAUCCUGCCGAGUGCCUCUGGCCAGAUGGUGGACGAGGUGUUCGUCCACAAGAGUCGAUUUGAGGGAGGACCCGAAGGCCCACAUGCGCAGGCAGUCUCUGAGGGGGCCGUGGUCACCUACGAAGUGAUCACUUCCCAAGUCGAUGGGAAGCCAACAGCUUGCAACGUGCAGGCUGCAGCUUGUUAUGAGUUAUUGGUCUUGUGGCUGCGCACACGGUUGCAUGUUCGGCCGCUUCAAAGAAAAGAACCGUUUGCCCAGCCAAUACGGUGCAUGUCAGUUUCCAGCUGCGAUGAGGACUCCACGCAGGAAGAACCGAUCACGGGAAUGAAGCUGCUGCUCAGUGAAGAGGCAUUUGGUGCCUUGAAGAGACUGCAGGAUCGCAGAACCAGUUCCAGUGCUUCUUCCAGCUCCACGGAGCCAUCGGCUUCCACGGAUCUGCCAUCCUCCCCAGAGGCAUCAGUUCUCACAGUGGAGCAGCGGCUACAUCAGCUCAGACUGGCACUAGCUGCUCCUGAGAUUGUGGAGGAGCCGGACCAACGCACGGAGAGGAAACGAAGAAGGAGGAGUGUGACGGAGGUGGUCACGAUGUCCAGCUCCAGCGAUGGCUCCCACACGUCAUCCGACAGCAAGCCUCAGGGACAGAGCGCACUUUAUGGCCUGAUUGGUGCAGUCGGCCUUGUCGAAGGAGCUGACCUUGUCGUGCUCCCGGCCCUUGCGUCCUCCUUGCACGCCGACCUCAAUCUGACCCAGGAGGACGUAGCUCUGCUAGUACUCGUACAGGCGCUGUGCCUGGCGGCAGCUUCGCCUGUGUGGGCGGCAUUGGCGGAUAGUGCUUCAGCCAAUCGCAAGACCCUCAUGGUGCUGGGGGCGUUCCUCCAGGGUCUGUUCACUUGCCUCCUUCCCACCGCGUCGGCGUGGGUGCCUCUUGUGGCCCUCGGUGCCCUGAACGCCUUGGCCAAGGCCUCACUCCGCCCAGUCAGCUUUGGCCUCAUCGCCGAGGUCACACGCGAGUUCCGCGGAUCAGCCUUCGGCGUCCUUUUCGCCGCGCUGUAUGCAGGGAUCGGCCUCGCAUUCUGGGCCAGCCCGCGGCUCGCAACACAUCGCUUUCUGGGCAUAGAGGGCUGGAGGCUUCCGGUGCUCGGCGUGGGUGUGAUCUCGAUCCUUACAAGCUUCGUUGCAUCCUCGCAGGGCCUUGGGGGUCGAAGAGGCGGUUUGGACAACAUGUUCCGCAAUUGGGGGUUCGAUGCCCACAGCGAGACCAUACCUGGUGCCACAUUGGCGAAGCAUUGGCGAUCCGGCCAGGCCAGAGCGAAAAUCCUUGAAGGCUGGGACAUGAUAGUUCUCCAAGAUGACCUCCCGGAGUACAAGCCGUUGCCUCGCGACUCAAGAGAGAGAUGGCAAGUGGUGUGUGAGCGGUUCGUCCCUGUUUUGAACAAGUUUGUGGAGGCUGCACGCCUUGUUGAUGCCUCUGCGAUUCUUUACAUGGCCCACCCAUACGAGCGAUUGCCUCACACAAGUCUGCGGGACAUUUGCUGGGCACACAAGUGCGCAGAGGAGACCCUGGGUGUUCACGUUGCCCCCGGUGGAUUGGCACACAGCCUGAUCACAUCGGUCAGGCAGCUGGAAGAAUUUCAUUUGGCUUUGCUAGAUGACGAUCUCGAACACCUUUCUGAGGAAGGCCUGUAUUUGCACGCCCUUACCAUCGUUGCUGUCUGCUUUGGCAAGGACAAGGUGCUUGACCUGCAGUGGGCUCCCCCGACUCUGUCCGACGCGUGCGUGGACAUGUUCAAGCAGCUUGCAUGUGACAGCCUCGAUGCUUGGCAAGCCUAUCCCAGCCCACCCAGUCGUGACGUCGCCAAGCUUGCGAUCGGCGUCUCAGUGCUGCUGCAAGAACCAGCGCGUGAGCCUCCUGCGGUGGAUGAAGAGCAAGGUAUCAGAGCCGAGUUCUGGCGGCUGCAGGGUUACUGCAAGUUCCCUUCUUUCUUGCUGCUCUUUUUCCAAGCCUGCAUCAUGUGCAUACCGUGGGCGGCGAUGGGAUAUAGGACGCUCUUCCUGAAAGCGUACGGGUUCGAGGACUGGGAGGUGACAGUUUUGUGCUCGUCGGCACAGGGCUCAGCUGCCCUGGGUGCCCUGUGCGGCGGAGUGCUGGCCGACCUCGUGGCCAGGUUCCUGCCCAUCCACGGGCGUCCUUGUGUCGCACAGGCUUCUCUGGUGCUGAGCUUCCCACUCUUUAUCCUGUCAUUUCUGGUCGCGCCGCCGGAGGGAUGGCCGCUUUCCUACGAGAUGUGCUUGAUCUGCGGAUCUGCUUUUGUGGCCAGUUGGACCGUGGGGGCCUGCCUGCCGAUGCUCGCCGAGCUCGCUCCGUGGGGCCGGAAAAGCGGCAUCUUGGCUUGGCAAGGAGCUCUGGAAGGCGCCCUGGGCUGCUUGGUGACGUCUUCCAUGGAAGUUGUGGCGCCUCGCGUGUUCGGCCAUAGCCUGGGUAUCCUUCCUCCACUCAACGGCAUCAAGAUCGUCGUUUCUGAGGACACAUCGGCACAGGAUGUGGCGGGCUUUAGCGAUCCGGAAGACCGGGCACAUGUGGCAAAGAUCGUUGUGGUGUUGAUGGCAGCCUCUUGGGGCUUGUGCUUCCUGUGCUACAGCAUGCUGCACUGGAGCUACCCCAGGGAUCUGCUGCGCGCACAGCGCUUGAGAUCGGAGGAGGCUGAAAAAGCGUGUGCGCUCAGAAGCUAG